AUGUCGCAGUCGCAACCACCUCAAGCACAAUCAUCGAUGUCGGGCGGCGGAGAGCAGCCAUUCAAGGAAACGAUCUUGCAGAUACUCAGCAAUCAGCAGGCGCUGAUGACACAGUUAUCACAGCAGGUAUCGGCAAUCCAAGGGAACGUCCAGAAUGCAAAUCGCAAUGAACUGAUUUUGGACUCCCUAGCGACGAAUAUCACUGAAUUCGCCUAUGACCUUGAGAAAGGUUGUUCAUUCGAUGCCUGGUUUUCGCGUUAUGCUGACCUUUUUGAGAAGGACGCCGCUCAGCUUGCGGACGAUGCGAAGGUGCGGUUGUUAUUGAGAAAACUGAAUCCAUCAGCGCACGAACGGUACACGUCAUUCAUCCUCCCCAAACUGUCGAAGGAGUUUACGUUCGAGGAAACCGUCGCCAAAUUGAAGAUUAUCUUUGGCACACCUGUCUCUACGUUCCAUCGACGUUAUCAGUGCCUUCAGACGAUGAAGGACGAAGAUGAGGAUUUUAUCAGCUACUCGUGUAAAGUAAACAAGGCGUGUGUUGACUUCAAGCUCCAAGAACUGAAGGAAGAUCAGUUCAAAUGCCUUAUCUUCGUAUGUGGACUGAAAUCAUCCAAGGAUUCGGACAUCCGAAUGCGCCUUCUAUCCAGAAUGAACGAGACCAGCGAUAUGACCCUCGAGAAGAUCGUCGAAGAGUGUAAGAGUCUCAUCAAUUUGAAGCGGGACACGGUGCUCAUUGGGGGAAAACCACCCUCGUCAACUGUGGUCGCCUCGAAUGCCGUUCGGACGCAGCCGAAUCGAAAGGAGAAACCGAACCGAGUGAAGGAUCCAGCACCGAAAACGCCAUGUUGGUCAUGUGGCGGCAUGCACUUUUCAAGCCAGUGCAACUUCAAGGAUCACAAGUGCCGGGAUUGCGGUAGGACGGGCCACAAGGAAGGCUAUUGCAGCUGUUUUUCAUCCAAGCCUCGGCCAAAGCCGGGAAAAGGAAAGCAAGGAAAUUGGAACAAGCAUUCAACGAAAAUUGUCGUCGUUAAAAAUGUCACGCGAAGCCGGAGAUACGUCGAGACAACCAUCAACGGUGUUCCGGUCAACCUCCAGCUAGAUUCCGGCUCCGAUAUUACCAUCAUAUCCAAACAGAACUGGGUCAAGAUCGGAGCGCCCAAAACAUCGCCACCGGACUGUGAAGUGCAGACAGCAUCCGGUGACAAGCUGGGAAUCGACGCCAUGUUUCGUGCCAACAUUUCGAUCAGUGGCGACCAACGAGAAGGCUCAGACCUCCUCGAUGAGUUUGGGCUGUGGGACGUACCAUUCUCGUCCUUUUGCAAACUGGUGGACACCAAACAAGAAGACCACCAAGUCGCCGAACUGAAGUCCAAGUUCCCGACCGUUUUCACCGGCCAGUUGGGGUUAUGCUCCAAAAUGCAGGUGCACUUGUCGCUCAAGAAGGACGCCAGGCCGGUGUUCAAGCCAAAGCGACCGGUUUCGUACAAUAUGGAGGCCGUUGUGGAAGAUGAACUGAAGCGACUCCAGGACAACGGUAUCAUCACGCCAAUUACGUACGCAGAUUGGGCUGCACCAAUCGUGGUGGUACGUAAACCAGACCGCACUGUCAGGAUAUGCGCCGAUUUUUCCACCGGACUCAACAACGCACUGGAGGCAAACAAUUAUCCACUGCCUCUUCCGGAGGAUAUCUUCAAUCGAAUGGCUAACUGUACAAUGUUUAGCCAUAUCGAUUUAUCCGAUGCGUACCUCCAGGUCCAGGUGGAUGAAGAAAGUAGGAAGCUGAUCAAUAUCAACACUCACAAGGGCCUCUACCAGUUUAACCGGUUGUCACCCGGUAUCAAGAGCGCCCCAGGAGCGUUCCAACAAAUCAUGGAUGCGAUGCUAGCCGGACUAGACUGCACGUGUCCGUACCUCGACGACGUCCUCGUUGGGGGACGCACAGAAGAAGAGCAUAGGAAGAACCUGUACAAAGUGCUAGAACGCCUCCAGGAAUACGGAUUCACCGUGAAAAUUGAAAAAUGCCGUUUCUUCAUGCGCCAGGUGAACUAUCUGGGCCAACUUCUGGACAAAGAGGGCAUCCGCCCUGAUCCCGAAAAGGUGAAAGCGAUAGUGAACAUGCCCCCGCCAAACGACGUCCCGACGCUGCGGUCGUACUUAGGUGCGAUAAAUUAUUACGGGAAGUAUAUUCGGGAAAUGCGACAACUUCGUCACCCGCUGGAUGGACUGUUGAAGCAAGGAGUCAGUUUCGAAUGGACAGAUGAGUGCCAACGGUCAUUCGAUCGUUUCAAGGAGAUUUUGCAGUCUCCACUCAUGCUGACGCACUAUAACCCCCGAAUGGACAUAGUUGUAUCAGCAGACGCAUCAAAUGUGGGCAUUGGCGCCCGCAUAGCUCAUCGGUUCCCAGACGGCUCCGAAAAGGCAGUGUACCAUGCUUCCAGAAGCCUCACCCCUGCUGAAUCCCGAUACAGCCAAAUCGAGAAAGAAGCACUGGGGCUGGUUUACGCGGUCACCAAAUUUCAUCGAAUGGUCUACGGAAGACGCUUCACCCUACAGACCGACCAUAAACCGCUGGUGGCUAUUUUUGGUUCCAAGCAAGGAAUCCCCCCUUACACUGCCAACCGCCUACAAAGGUGGGCCCUAACUAUGCUGUUGUACGAUUUCCAAAUCGAGUACAUUUCUACGGAUCACUUCGGACACGCAGACAUUCUGUCACGACUAAUAAAUUCUCACAUCAAGCCAGAUGAGGAUUUCGUGAUUGCUUCCAUCGAAAUCGAGAAGGUUAUCUGCAACAUCGUCGGCCAAUCUAUUGAGUACCUACCAGUGUCAUACAAAAUGAUAGCGGAGGCGACAUCCGAAGACGACACCCUCCGCAUGGUGAGGGAUUACAUCAGGAAAGGUUGGCCAAGUAAAGCAACAUCCGAAGAUCCAGGCGUACAACAGUUUUUCGCUCGACGGGAAUCGCUGUAUGAAGCCCAAAAGGUCCUGAUGUACGGCGAUCGAGUUGUCAUUCCCAAGAAGCUCCAACAGAAGGUGCUUCAUCAGCUACACAAAGGACACCGGGGGAUCGAUCGAAUGAGAUCCUUGGCGCGAACUUUUGUGUAUUGGCCAAACAUAGACGACCAUAUCACUGCUUUGGUCCGAAACUGUCAGGAAUGCGCAGCUGUAGCGAAGACGGACACAAAAACGAAAUUGGAAUCCUGGCCAGUCCCCGAGAAACCAUGGCAGAGGGUUCACGUGGACUUUGCCGGACCCGUCAACGAUACCUACUACCUUGUGCUAGUUGAUUCACUCUCCAAAUGGCCGGAGGUAGUACCAACCAAGCGCAUCACAUCAGAAGCCACCAUAGCAAUUCUUCGCAAAAUCUUCAGCCGAUUCGGCAUGCCGGAGGUCCUAGUCUUCGACAACGGGGCCCAGCUUACCAGCGACGUUUUCGAACGGUUCUGCGAGUCCAACGGUAUCACCCACUUGAGAACAGCGCCUUUCCACCCCCAAAGCAAUGGGUUGGCAGAAAGCCGAAAUGCACCAGGAGGAAAAUCACCAGCCGAGAUCCUUUUCGGCAAGCCGCUUCGAACAUCGUUUGAGCUCAUGAGACCACCAAGCAAGUUCUACAAGGAUGUCAACUCCAAGCAAGCUAGCCAGUACAACGAGAAACAUGGGGCUAAGACGAAAUGCUUCGAAGUCAAGGACAAAGUGUACGCGCAAGUACACCACGGUAACGAUUGGAGCUGGGUACCAGGAGAAGUAGUGGAGCGUAUUGGGCAAGUCAUGUACAACAUUUGGCUGCCUGAUCGACAACGGCUCAUUCGCUGCCACGGCAACCAGUUACGAAAACGCUACGAUACUAGCAGCAGCCCGCCGGAGGUUACCGGCCCUCAAGUUCCGCUCGAGAUCUUGCUCGACACUUGGAGUUUGAACCCAUCUAGCUCCGGUGCUGCAGUAGAAACAGUUGAACCGCCUGCGGAGCCUGAAGGACUGGACGAGUUGCAGUUGGAAUUCUUGCGUAGCUUGAUGGAGCCUGAUCAGCAACGACGUCGACUGCGUACUCCGGUUAGGCAACCUGAGUUAGAGGAAGUUAUCCAGCGAAGAUCGUCCCGGCAGCGGCGCGCACCAGUUCGGUACGAGCCGUAUCAGCUUUAUUAA